AUUUAAGGUUAUGUGUUAUGUGAUUUUGAUUGUUAUAAAAACUAGGGCGCUUCUGCAAAAAUUAUAGAAAAUUCCAAUUUUUUCAGUUCAAUUAAACAACCUGGUUAUAAAAAUGUCUUACCUAAGUACCAAAAUAUCUAGUUUAGUGGUAAGUUUAAGCUCAAAUGCUUUUAACAGAGCAUUACUCGUCCCCAGCUGCGAUUUCUUGCAAGUGAGGAGUUAUGCUGCACGAAAGGGCACCAGAGAAAGAAAGAAGAAGGCCAAAGUUAAGGUGGAAAUUCAAAAAGUUGGAUUUAUUCCACAUAAUUUGAGAGAGAGAGAAAAAAUGUUAGCUUCAAGAGGAUCAAGAAAGUUCGACGAUUCAUGGAAGAAAGACCCCAUUGACGAUGUUUACGCAAUGAAAUACUACAAAUGGACGGUUCAUCCAUUUGCAGAUGCAGUAAAAGCCCAUAGGGAAACUCAUCAUGCUGAAAUCUACAAUAAGCCUCAGUCGGAACUGUUCGCCACUAUUGAAUUGAAUAUGCAAGGAGAGAAAAAAACUCGUUUCGUGGACAAUUUCAAAAGAAUAGCUGCCAUUCCUCAUAAAUUUGACCAUGGCGAGGAGAGGACUAUCAUUGCUUUCGCAAAAACUUUGGAAAGCCAAAAGGAAGCUUCUGAUGCAGGAGCUCAACUUGCAGGAGGAGCUGAACUUGUUAAACAAAUUCAAAAUGGAAAAGUUUUACUUCAAGAUUUCCAACAUAUUAUAGCCCAUCCUGAUAUAUUGCCUGAAUUGGUAGUGUUAAGAGGUGUAAUGAAAAGGAGGUUCCCUAACCCCAGAAACGGUACAUUAGACAUUGAUUUAAAGCUAGUAGUCGAUAGAUAUUUACAUGGAAUUAGUUAUCAGGCGGUCAAGGACGAGUAUGAGAAGGAUUUCGGACAAAUUGUCGCUGUUUUGGGAACUGAUUCUAAUAGCUGGAUGCAUAUUUUAGUGAAUGGCGAACACCUUUCUAAUGGGGACCAGAUGACUAGAAAAAGAAAUUCUUAUACAAAUGUGACAUCGAACACCUUGAAUUAA